AUGGCUCCUCUCAGAUUCUCGUUCCUCGUUCUUGCUGUUGCUCUACAAAGCAUCUUCCUGUCGCAGGUCUUCGCUGCGCCCGCUCCCGUGGAAGAGGCCCAGCCCUUCCAAAGGCGUGCCAAAUGCGCGAACAUUCGCAUUCGCAAAGAAUGGCGUGACUUGACCGUCGCUGAACGACAAGACUACAUCCGUGCCGUGAAAUGUCUGAUGUCCACUCCAUCGACUAGCACUCGCCGCGGUGUAGUGUCGCGUUUCGACGAGUUCCAGGCUUGCCACAUCGAUCUCACCGACGAGGUUCACCAAGUCGGUCACUUCCUCGCAUGGCACCGUCACUUCCUCACCCUCUACGCCAACGCCAUGCGGGAUGAAUGUGGUUACCAAGGCCCCGCGACAUACUGGGACUGGUCGAGAGACGCAGAUGGCCCGGGAAGAAUGCGUGACUCGCCAGUUUUUGACCCCGUUACUGGUUUCGGAGGAGACGGCGCCACUUCUUCUCCCAGCCCUAAUCCAGGAAACCCAGGUUUCCCCGGCUUCCCGGGUUUCCCUGGUGGUGGUGGAGGCUGCGUCGCCACCGGCCCCUUCAACACCACGCGACUCAACCUUGGCCCUGGCACCGCUGUCGGUGAACACUGCUUGACAAGAGCCAUCGGCGACCAGAUGAAGUCCAGUCUUACCUCUGCUAAUGUCCAGGCAACCCUCGCCCAGACCACCUUCGAGACGUUCCGCACGACGCUGGAAAAUGGUGGGCGAGCCGUGAACGGUUUCGGUAUUCAUGGUGGAGGCCACGCUGCAGUCGGUGGCGAGAUGGUGAACCCUUACUCCAGCCCUGGUGACCCUCUUUUCUACCUCCACCACGGAAACCUCGAUCGUAUCUGGUGGAAGUGGCAAUCCGCAGACCUCGCCAACCGCCUCAACGCCAUCUCCGGACCCACCACUCAACGACCUCCCUUCACGAACGUCACGCUCAACUUUAUGAUGCCUUACACCAGUCUGAUCCCACCCCUCGCCGUCCGCGAGAUUAUGGAUAUUGAAGCUGAGCCCAGUUGCUUCCAGUACGCCGACUGA